AUGUUACUUACGAGUAAUAUCUUAUUGGUCUUCUUCGGCAUCUCCUUUGUGCUGGUGGUGAUCCUUUCCGGGUUUUUCAUCUCCAACGUUUACGUGAAGUGGAGUGCUUCGCCCAUAAUAAUUUCGACCAGUGCCAAACAGAAGUUGACCAGCAACAUGCCCUUUCCGGCGAUUACCAUCUGUAAUCUCAACCAGGCGCUGCUCAGUCAGGUGGAUCGCAUUGCCCGGACCAGCACCAAUUUCUCCCUGCUGAUGGGUCUGUGCGAUCAGGGCGGGGAUACGACCAUCUCCUACAUCGGCACCUGGAAGUACUUCAAGGCGAUCCUGGUGGAGGUGGCCCAGCCGUGCGAGAAGAUGCUGCUGUACUGCAGCUUUGGUUCGCGGGCGGAGGAGUGUUCCCUGCUCUUCACCUCAAUCCUGACGGACGAUGGGUUGUGCUGCAACUUCAAUGCCCUCGAUCCAUCGUAUCUCAUUCGGAAUUACAGUGACGACGUGAGGUGGGAGCCGGCUCAGCCGAAUUCGCGCUACGAGCCCAUCGACUGGACCCCGGAGAAGGGCUAUGCCCGCAAGUUGCCCGAGUUCUACUAUCCGCGCACCUCGGGGGGCACUGGGAUCCGGAUGGGUCUGACCGUAGUGCUAAACGCCUCCAUAGCGGAGUACUACUGCACCAAGUCCAUGAGUGUGGGCUUCAAGGUCCUUGUCCACAAUCCUGCCGAACUGCCGAAGGUGAGCAAUUAUGGCUUUGUGGUUACCGCCGGACGAGAGGCCCGGAUCCCCAUCGAACCGGUCUACGAAGAUGCCCUGCCCACGAUACGAUCCAUCAAGAAAUCGGUGCGUCGCUGCCUCUUCUCCGAUGAGAAUGAUUUGGCCUACUACCGGACAUAUUCGCGCAAGAACUGCGAGUUGGAGUGCGAGGCCAAGUUGCUGCUCCGCGAAUGCAGCUGCGUCCUUUACUAUCUGCCCCGGAUCGAUCCCUUGGCCAGGGUCUGUGGACCCAACGAUAAUCAAUGCACGGAUCGGGUGCAAACGGAGAUCGAGUCCUCGUUGACGAACCUAUCCUGCGAAAGUUGCUGGCCGGGCUGCUUUGAACUCACCUACAAGGCAACCCUUUCGACGGCCUCCAUCGUCUCGGAUCCCCGAUUUCAGGCCGGCGAGAAUCUACCCGAUUAUAUAUUCCACGGACCCUAUAGCAACGCCAGCGAGAUUUCUAUCCUACACUUCUACUACAUGAGCAAUAUAUUCCGCAGCACCACCAAGUCGGAAAUGUUUGGCUUUACCGAGUUUCUGUUAAUAUAUAUAAACAGAGUAAAUUCUAAUCAUGUGCGGAGACACGAAGGGAUAUUGGGGAUAGAUCAACCCCAACGUUUUAAAGCUAAUACUGGCGGUCUUCUGGGUCUCUUCAUGGGCUUCAGCAUUUUCUCGGUGAUCGAGAUAUUCUUUUAUAUCACUGUCCGUCCGUACUGUGCCUCCCGGACUCUCCGGCAGCGCCACAAGCGUCGUCUGGAGCAGCUGCGCUGGCUGACUCCGGUCCGGAUGCCUGGCCGCAGAAUUCUACGCCGGAAUCGAGGCCUUCUCAGCCGGAAUUCCAAUCCACCACCGCCCGCCUACAGUGAUCUGCAAAAGAACCGCGGGAAACUGGGAAAACCGGUGCCGAACAAGAGGAGUCUCUGGCAGACGUUGCAAGUUCGCCCAGUGGAGCGGGUGGAUGAGGAACCACCCAUCUAUCCGUACCUGAAUUGAGUAUACACAGAAAGUAUCACCUGUCCAGAAAAAAUAUUACCUGUUUUAGAUUAUUUGAAAUAAGCUGUGCUUUAUAACUUUGCGUAACUAAAAAUACUUAAUCUUGUUGAAAGUUUUAGAAAGAAGGUAUACUUCAUAAUAUAAUAAUAAAUCUAAGUAGUAGAAAAAAGCUCGUACUAAAUAGAUUUUGUGUUAGUAAACAAAAUUCCCCAAUUGAUAGUGCGGUUUCUCUCUCUGUAGCCACGUUUCCUUUCAGGAACAUAUAUGCUCUUGUUUAUUGUUCUUGUAGAGUCCAAUGUUU